GACGCGAUAAAGAUUAUCGUUGAGUUACUAUCUGUUUUAUAUUAUUUCCGCGGUGCAUCCAAUGUUUAAUCAAGUGCGACAUACGACGGUGUAUAUUUUGGCUGGAAAAGUACAAAUAACUUUCAGGCUCGUUUCAUCCCGACUCAGUCUCGGUUCAAGCGGUAUGAUAUGCAAGAAAAACAGACUGACUGAAUUCUCAUCUUGAUCCGGCGCAGUUCGAACACUGACGUAUUUCAGCCUUGUAACUUGUCAAUAACGUCAAUCAUGGAGGCGCAAACUGAGAUACCGGGGAACACAACGGUGGGUAGCACGCUACUCGACGAGGAACUUCGUCGAAUUCUGAUGGAACGUGAGCAAGAAUGCCUGAAGCUGAAAGCCGCGAAUGCGACGCCGCCGUUGGAACCGUAUUGUCGAAUAACUUUCGACGGAUGGUCCUGUUGGCCAAACACCCCAGCGGGAUCGACAGCUUACGUACCGUGUCCUGACUUCAUCAUCGGCUUCGAUGCAUCAUGUAAGUACACGCUAGUAGCUAAAGCAAUAUGCGAUAAAAUUAUCGCAUUAUAUACCUUUUUUUUUUCUCCUUCCGAUGAAUCGAUGAGUCGCUAUUAAUGGACAAUAUAUGACUACAUGUUAUUUUGUAUUUGGGAAAAAAAACUUGUUACGUCAGUGAAAUGAGUCUUGGUUGUGUAACCAGCAUGUCGCAAUUAUCUUUAUAUUCUUUCGAAAACGUUCGAAAACGUUCGAAAUCACAUCUCAGCAUUUCAAGUCCCUCUUAUCUUAUACUUUUAUCGUUUAUCCCCUUUUUUCAUUUUAUUAUAUAUAUAUUGGAGAUAAUAAUCAAUGAUUUGCACUUUUUUGAUGACAUAAUAAUAUAAUAAUUCUUUCGAUAAAACAAAUUUUAUCUUUAGUAAAAAAUGAUAAAAGUACAUUAUAUUGAUUUACUCACCCUAUCGGUUAUCUUCAUUUGGCCUCGUGAAAUGCUCGUUUCGCACAGUGUAUAAUUCUCGAUAGAGUGUUCAUAUGUUCGUCGAUACAUCAACGGAUAUGUUUAGCCUUCUGGCUCACCGUUCGACAGUAUUAUUUCUGUCGAUGUUAACACAAGGACACGUAAAUAUCGUUUGAAUUAUUCGAAAUCAGUUUAAAAGUUUCAACGUUUAGCAUACCUACUUUAGAUUAGAAAAAAA